AUGGGCUACAAGCACCACCAAACCCCUACCAAAGCCAGGGUCCACGGGGCAUACGAGUUCGCCCGGCUUCAAAAGCUUCACUAUGGCUGUCCCUUUUACAAAAACGACAUCUUUCGUGCCACAGGCGUAAGUAGAAGCUCGGGGUACAAAAUACUGCGUGACUACCCCAGGACUUUCCACAAUAACUCAUUUGUGGAUGAGACUCGCGGCCGGAAGAGGAAGCUAGAUGACGAAGACCUCAACAAGAUUGAAAAGCUGAUAUGGGAGCACGGGCUUGAAGGGAAGAGCCUCCCCUAUCAGUGGCUCCUGACGGAAUCAGGGAUCGAAAAGGAGGUUGCAAACCGUACCGUUCUACGUGCCCUCGUCCAGAGAGGUUGGAAGAGGUGUUCUACGUGCCAGAAGUCUUUCGUCAACGCGAAACUGGCUGAGAAGCAAUGCGAGGAAGCCCGGAACUCUGCCGAGGACACUCCCACGACUCCUAAAAAGGGUUCUUCUGGUGGAGCAAAGACAAAAGUGUGUGGGCCGUGUGGGGGGUUUCAACUCCAGCCUCCGGCAGGCGACCCGGACCCCCACGCAGAGCGAGACGAGGCUGUCAACGACUCGCCGCUCGCUUCCUCGGCCUUGUCGGACGAGCGAGGUGAUCACUGA